AUCUAUUCAUUCAUCAAAGUUACCCCGGUUUACCCUUCCCUUCUUUCGUUCGUUUCUUUGUAAAACAAAAGCCGCUGCACAAGAACAGGUGCCUUCAAACUUUCAACUAGAACAAGGUCAAAAGACAAAGCUUUAAUGGCGCCAACAAAGGAGUUGAAUUGAACAAAGAGUAUUUUCAUGGAUACGACUUGUAUAUUUUUAUAAAAAAAAAGAACUCCUCUUUGUUGACGUAGUUUUUACAUUUUUUAUUUUCUUUUAAUAAAAAAGAAAAGAAAAGAAAAGUGUAAGGAGAUAGUAAUAAUAACUCUGUUCUGUUCUGGUCUACCAUAAUUUAUCUUCCUCCCUCCACUUACUUGUCUCUCUCUCUCUCUUUGCUUCUAUAAAGUUCUCUUGGUUUUCGUGUAUUAAUAAAUUUUCUCUCAUCUCUUUAAAGUUGUGUUGGUUAAGAGUUGUGUUCAUUUUUUUUCUUAAAACCCUUAACACUUCAGUUUCACAGGAUCUCUAUUUUUGGAGAUUCUUCAGCUUAACGUCCGUUUCUUUGUGUACUUACUGGGGGUUUAGUCAGUCAUGAAUGACAAGUAGACAAUUAUUGAAGAAGAAGAAGAAGCUGGAAAUAUAUUUUUGAUAUUUUUGAAGAUACAGAAUAUUACUGAUGGCGAGUAAAUGGAGAAAAGCCAAAAUAGCACUCGGAUUAAAUCUUUGUGUUUAUGUACCUAGAACAAGAGAAGAAGAAGAAGAAGUAGGAUCUUCUACUUCUUCAUCAAUGGAAGUUACUAGAAGGUUUUCUAAUGCUACGUCACUCUCUCCUUCGUAUUCUUCGGGUAGUAGACACUCUGAAUCUAGAUUAUUACCACCAACUACACCAACACCUUCGUCUUCUGGUCUUCGGUUAGGCAAAUCUGGAUACAGAUCCUCAAAGAAGACCUGUGCUAUAUGUCUGGCCACCAUGAAGCCUGGCCAUGGUCAUGCUCUUUUCACCGCAGAAUGUUCACAUACAUUUCAUUUUCAUUGCAUUGCAUCAAACGUGAAGCAUGGGAACCAAGUUUGCCCUGUUUGCAGAGCAAAAUGGAAGGAAGUUCCAUUCCAAGGACCUACAGCAGAUCUCCCCAGUGGAAGUGGCAGAAUUAACCCAGGAGACUGGCCUGGAGAUGAUGCUUGGAUGACAGUAUUACGGCGGCUCCCUCCUCAUCGUGCAAAUUCCAAUCGGCAAAUGGCUUCUGCUUUACAGGCACCUGAGCCGACUAUCUUUAAUGACGAUGAAGCUUUAGACAACCAACAGCAAUUGCAAGAUAAAAAUUUCCCUAUAAGAGAAGUUGGAGAUCAAUAUUCCGUUAGACCUCUAGAGAUCAAAAUGUACCCUGAGGUCUCAGCUGUUCAGCGGUCAACUACCCUACAGAAUUUCACUGUAUUAAUCAAUCUUAAAGCUCCUAUCACAAAAUCAAGAAAUAAUUUGAGCAGAAACCAGGCCAACUUUCCACCAGUCUCUCAAGCUUCUCGUGCUCCAGUUGAUCUCGUAACUGUGCUCGAUGUUAGUGGAAGCAUGGCAGGCACUAAGAUUGCAUUGCUAAAACGUGCGAUGGGUUUUGUGAUACAGAAUCUUGGUCCGUCAGAUAGGUUGUCAGUUAUUGCCUUCUCAUCUACGGCACGUCGAAUAUUCCCUCUCCGUCGAAUGACUGAUUCUGGUAGACAACAGGCACUUCAAGCUGUUAACGCUCUAAUAUCAAAUGGUGGAACUAACAUUGCUGAAGCACUGAAGAAGGCUGCCAAAGUGAUGGAAGAGCGCAGGGAAAAGAACCCUGUUGGCAGCAUCAUAUUGUUGUCAGAUGGGCAGGAUACAUAUAGUGCCAGUGGUCCUGAUAGGGGCCACUCUAGGCCCAACCACCAGUCUCGUCUCUCAUUUUCUGCGCGCAACACUGGCAGCUCAGGGUUUCAGAUUCCAGUGCAUGCAUUUGGUUUUGGUGCAGACCACGACGCAGCCUCAAUGCACUCAAUUUCAGAAAAUUCUGGUGGUACCUUUUCUUUUAUAGAGGCCGAGGGUGUGAUCCAGGAUGCUUUCGCUCAGUGUAUAGGUGGGCUCCUUAGUGUGGUUGUGCAGGAUCUAAGAGUGAGUAUUGAGUGUGCAUACCCUGGUAUACAUCUCAACCCCUUAAAAGCCGGAAGUUAUGGAACCCGCCUGCUCAAUCAUGAACGAACAGGUAUUAUAGACGUUGGGGAUCUGUAUGCAGAUGAAGAGAGAGAUUUCCUGGUAUCAGUCAAUCUCCCCGCAGGUGAUUGGAGCAGUGAGAUGACAUUGUUGAAAGUGCAGUGUGCCUAUACGGAUCCGGUUAUUAAAGAAACCUUGAAUUCCCAACCCAAAGAAGUAAGAAUACAGAGACCUCAAACUGUGAAGGAGAGAGUGGUUUCAGUUGAAGUUGACAGACAGCAAAACCGUGUUCAAGCAGCAGAGGCUAUGGCCAGUGCGAGCGCUGCAGCUGAAAAAGGUGAUUUAACUAAUGCAGUUUCUAUUCUUGAGAACUGUCGGAGGGCUUUAUCAGAGAGUAUAUCGGCAAGAGUAGGCGAUCGACUCUGUGUUGCGUUAGAUGCAGAGCUCAAAGAGAUGCAGGAAAGAAUGGCAACCAGGAGAAUGUAUGAAGUAUCUGGCAGAGCAUAUGUUCUCUCAGGACUAAGUUCACAUUCAUGGCAAAGAGCAACAGCACGCGGCGACUCAACAGAUAACGCAAGCUUAGUACAUGCUUACCAGACACCGUCCAUGGUUGACAUGCUCACACGAUCUCAAACUAUGUUACUAGGUGGUUCAUUACCUCAACCAUCUGUGCGACCUGCAAAAUCAUUCCCCCUCCAACCUCAACCAAGGUAACCAAAUAGUUUCGUUCUGAAACGAUACAGAUAUUUAGUCCUCUUUUCUUUUCGUUCUUUUUUUCUCUUUUGGUGGGGGUAAAUUGGGUGUGGAGAUAAAAAGAAAGAGUUUUUGUUGGUGUCUCAUGGUUGUUAAAAUUACCUGGUUGUAAAAAAUGAAUAAUAAUGGAGGAAAAGAAUGGGGGUAAAAACUGAUUCUUAGAGAUAAUAAGGGUGGAUCAAGAGUUCACAAGGUUGUGCUCUUGCUUUCUUGGUUUGAUGUUGUUUUUUGGGGGUGUGGUGUACAUAAAUUUCUCUUUGAAGAGGAGAAUAGUAAGAGGGGGUUUACAGUGGUAAUGUACUUCUAAGCUUGUAAUUGGGUAGUGGUGGUGCGGAUGCAUUGGGGGUUGCAUUCUUCACUCAUUUAUAUAAAUAUACAUAAUAUAUAUGUUCUUGAUUCUUUCACA